UUGUUUGCCAAAUGUUUGCUGCCCGUUAGGCUAGCUUUAUUUAUACCACAGCGUAAUGGUCUCUGUAUGCCAACAAAGCGAUCCAUGGAUUGCUAGUGUUUGCUUGCCAUCGCUAGCUUUUUUACUGAGCAAUGCGUUCACCUUUGGUGUAGGCCUCUAUGGCAAGUUAAUCUUAGGAAUUGUGCUAGUGCUUGCUUGCUAUCGCUAGCUUUUUUAUAGCGUGAAGUGUUCUCUGUGCACAUAUCAUAAACACACAAUAUUAGUAUUAUUAUUAUUAUUAUACCUGUGGGACUCUGACCUACAUUGUGACCCUGGGCCGAGAGCGACCCACCGUGGCCUGGACGGUCAGACAUCGUAUAAGAACGUAUAGACCGUGGCCAUCAUAAUGUAGGCCUGGCUGUUGGACCACUCUGUGCCCGUCGACACCGUUCUGCCUACACACUACACGCGAGGAGGAGCACGCAACCUCUACGCCUGGAGGUUUGGUAGCCCGUGAGCCUAUACGACACCUGACUACACACCACUGCACACAAUGCGCGCAUCACACGCAUUGGAUUAGUCUUUGUCGCAAGUGAGUAGUGCUGUGUGUGGCAACAGCUGAUUCGCUUUGUGGAGCUGGUGAAGUUGUGGCGACCGUGGGCCCCCCCAUCUCAUCUCAUCUGGCUCUCCACAUUCGUGAGAAGCAAGUCAUCCAACGUUUGGUAACAGUCAGGCGGGCUCAACUCUGCAAGAAAUUGUUUUCCAUUUUUUUCCAUUAAAAAAAUAGUGGACAGUCAGUUGGAACAAUUUUCUGGGCCUUUCUGGGCUCAAAAAACAGAGUGACCGCCACAAGUAGCAGCCCUGACUGACCAGUGUAGCUGGAGAGACGAGGGAGUUUCCGGCCACCACUGCCACUCGUAGUCUCCCCCCACAUCUCCGCUCGUAGUCUCCCACCACAUCUCCGCUCGUAGUCUCCCCCCACAUCUCCCGCUCGUAGUCUCCCCCCACAUCUCCCGCUCGUAGUCUCCCCCCACAUCUCCCACCUAACCCGAAGCACCCACCCCCAGCCCGCGCGGAGCUCCCUCCCUCCCCCGCCUGUCCCUCCCCCCCCCCUCACCACCGCCCCGGUUGGAAGAUGUCGAUGGAACAGAACGGCAACCAGAAGCUGGCCAGCCCGCUCUUCUGCCGCAACGGCUGCGGUUUCUACGCGGCGCAGGCCUUCGACGGGAUGUGCUCCAAGUGCUACAAGGACCUGAAGGAGCCGCAGGACCAACAGUCGCACGUCGCUACCUCCGUGCCCUCGCCCAGCCCACCCACGCCCACCGUGGGGGCGCGGUCGCUACCGGGGGCAGGGACUGACGAUGUGGACGCUGUGACUGCCGCUCUGAGCAAGACGUCACUGACAGAGAUGAACGUGAACAGCUCCAGUAACCCCAACAACAACGAGACCACGCCGGAGAAACACACAGACGCACGGCCGACCUCCGGGGAGACCUCCCAGCCACACACACCGCUGACCACUGGUCAAGCCUUGGACACACCGGAUGAUGGACAGGCCGCUGGGGUGGACGGUGA